AUGGCGAAAAUAUCGGAGAUGACAGUGAGGUUGAUUGGAAAGGGUCCUGUGAAUCAUGCGGGUUUUAGGGAAACCAAUUUUGUAAUUUGUGGCCAUGAAGUGAUGAAGCCUAAUUAAGGAGCUACCAGUGUGUGUUUGAGACUGACCUAGCAAUAUGUCGGCCUUUUUCCGUUUUCUGAGCAAGCGACGAAGCCGAAGAGGGGUCAAAAAUAGGACGGAUCUUGGUCACCCCGCCAAGAAGAAGAAUUUGUUGACUUGCACUGUGAUGCUUUUGGAUGGCACGGAUUUUACUGUCGAUGUAAAUAAAAAGUCCAAUGGCGGCGAGCUGAUGGAGCAGAUCUUCUACUACCUGGACAUCAUAGAGAAGGACUACUUCGGGCUUCAGUACACCGACGUCCACAACGUCAAUCAUUGGCUGGAUCCCACCAAGCAGAUCCGCAAACAAGUGAAGAAUCCCUAUUGGCUGGAUACUGAUGGCGAUGCCAACGAGCCUGAGCAAUCAGACACUUAUUCAGAGUCAUUUGGCCCUCCCUAUACAUUCCGAUUUCGAGUCAAGUUUUAUUCAUCUGAGCCAAAUAACCUCCGGGAAGAAUUAACAAGGUAUCAGUUCUUCCUUCAGUUGAAACAGGACAUUUUCCACAACCGCUUGCCUCUGACUGAAGACACACUGAUUGAACUCUGUGCUCUAGCAUUACAAUCUGAGCUGGGAGACUACGACCCAGAGGUCCACACCCCAGGGUACAUCUCGGAGUUCCGGUUCGUCCCCAACCAGUCCGAGGACAUGGAACUAGCCAUCCAUGAACAUUUCAAGAAGUGCGGGGGGAUGACGCCGGCCCAGGCGGAGCUUGCCUACCUGAACAAGGCCAAGUGGCUGGAGAUGUAUGGCGUGGACAUGCACAUGGUCAUGGGUCGAGAUGGCAACGAGUACAGCCUGGGUCUGACUCCAACUGGAGUUCUGGUGUUCGAGGGCAAACAGAAAAUUGGUCUCUUCUUCUGGCCGAAGAUGACCAAGCUGGACUUCAAGGGGAAGAAGCUGACACUGGUGGCUGUGGAAGACGAUGAAACUGGUGCAAGUCAGGACCAUGUGUUCGUGUUCCGGCUGGCGAGCGACAAGGCAUGCAAGCACCUGUGGAAGUGUGCAGUAGAACACCACGCUUUCUUCCGACUGAAGGGCCCUGUCAAGGAGGGCAACGCUAGACAGAAUUUCUUCAGACUCGGGUCAAGGUUCAGAUACAGUGGUCGAACGGAGUACCAGACAGCCACUGUGAGUCGAGCUCGCCGCAGCGUCCGAUUCGAACGUAAACCUAGUCACCGCUACUCCCGCAGGGCAACUUUCGAGCGAGCAGAACGGGAAGAGAAGAUGAAACUGGCUCAAGAGAGAGCCGACAGGAAGAAAGCAGCGCAACAAAGCCGGGAAGCUAUCCGGGGGGAGAAGAAGGAAACAACAAUCGAUGAACCCAAAGUAACAACAGCGGUGCUGUCUCCUGCUGCUGCUGCUGCACCGACUGUGACAGUCGACGUUGCCGACGGCCCGGCCAACACCUCAGCUCUCGACAGAUUAGACACCUUGAUCAAAGGAACGGCAGCAGACACUUCAAUGAACUCUCUCAACAGGAAACCUAAAUCUCCACGACCAUCAACCAGUUCUUCAGCGGGCAAUAAUGUUUCCAUACAAGAGGCAUCUGAGUUCGCGAUGGCACGGAUGAAGGUGUUGGACGAUACGGCGCCGGUGGUGCACAAACCGAAGCCAGAUGUGAACACAUUUAAGAACAACCAGGUCAAGUUUGCAGGAAGCAGCACAGCCACCAUCCCCCCCGACCAGAUGAAGUGCAACAUCUUCAAGGCAAGGAUGGAAGAAGACUUGAAGAAAGACAACGAAGUGGUUGCGUUGCCGCCGCUGCCAGUGAAGGUUGUGUCUGAGGACGAGGAGGAGGACGAGAAGGAGAGUGAUAAGAACAGUGAAAGUGAUGCCGAUGAAAAUGAGGACGUAGAUUCGGAGAGUGAGGAAGAAGAAAGUCCUUCGUUGAAUGCCUCACUCAAUGCGUCCAGUGUCGCACCUGACGAUUUAUUGCACUUGGUGAAGCCUGUCAAGAUAGCUCCAGCUCCACCCACCAUCACCAUGCCUGUUGUGCAGAACGGCUACAGCAGCAUGGAGAGACGCAGUAAGCCGAGCACAUCAAGCACCUCCUCUCACACGUCACACACCUCACACAAUCGCACUCUCAGUCAGACAAGUGACACCACGGAGAAGAAUCGCAAACUAAGUCAGAAUAGUGACGUUUUUGUCAGCAUCAGUCCAAACAGCGUUAUUGGUGUACCACAGCCUCCAGAGAAAGCCAAAGCUAAGCAGCCUCCUCCAGUUCCUGCUAGACCCAAAGUUCCCCUAAAGGUGCUUCUUCCCCAGCCCCAAUCAGACCCCUCCCAGGAGGAGGGGGAUGAGGGCAUGUGUGCUCCUCCAGAGCUAACCCAGCUAUAUCCUCCGCUAACCUGUGGGUCCGAGGGGGACAGGGACGAGAUACUCAUUGACUUCCCUGCCACUACUCCUACAUCCCAGACCCCCUCCAAUCCAGCCCCAUCACCCACCAACACCCCGUCCACCACCCCCUCCAACCACAAACCCAACCCAUCGUCUCCCUCCAACCCCACCUCCGAACUUGCCUCCAAUCCCACCUCCACCAAUGCCUCAAACCCCACCACAUCACCUCCCUACAAUCCCACUCCAUCAUCUUCCUCCACCCCAUCUGCCCCCUCCACUGUCACAACAUCAGCUCCCGCGCCACAUCCACCUAGUGCUGUCCAAGCAUCUCCCACCUCCCAUGCUGGUUCUGCGUUCUCUGCCACUGAAGCUGGUGUUUCGCUGAAUCCCCUCCUGGAUUCUACUUCCAUGCAGCCUAACAAGCCCACUUCUCACAUCAAGUUAACGCAUGCUCCUGACACCAGAGCUGCCAGGACUGAAUCCCGGAGACUGUCCGGCCCCGGAGUGAUUCCCGCUAUCACUCUCACCAGUCCAACAUCAGAGUCCGAGUGUGUAAUAAGCCCUGCAGCUGAACAUAGGGCCAUUCCAGCAGUUCCACCACACGCGACUGGAGGUGGUGGAGAAACAACGAAACCAUUCCAGAUAACUGCCAGUGCCACACCGCUGAGAGAGACGAGGGACAAUCCGUUCCCGGUUCCAGACGGUGAAGGUGAUGCUCACUGCAAGGUUGGCAGGACAAAGCAUACAAGUGGGGGGGUUGCGGAGUCCUCUGACAGUUUCGAUGACGAUUUGGACAUGCCUGUGGACGACAAGGACACCAAACCAUUCCCACUUGACCUGAACGCUGCAAUAGCUGCUGUAGAGAAGGAGGCCGCCAUGGCAAUUGAUCCAGCAAUAUUCCAACCUGUCUCCCCCGUUUCCAACUCCGUGGCUCCAAGGCCCUUUCCAUUAGACAUUGAGUCCAUCACCCCCAAGCCUGAGUCCCCCGGUAGAGUCCCGCCCAGUAACCCAGUCCCUGCUCAUCCCCAUCAAUCACUUCCUGCAUAUAGAGUUAUCUCCCCUGCCCCAUCCAAGAUGGCUGCUGCUGAUGUCUGCACAGACAGCUAUGUGGGAGAAGGGCCGCCUGUCUUCAUUGAAACAUCUUUUACCGGAACAAAAGCAGUGAACCGCAAGAAUCCGUCUUCUUCAAGUGCUAAGACCACAGUGAGUCAUGUGAUUACUGUGAACAAAAGACCUGCAUCGGAGUCCAACGCUUCUCAUGCCAAUGGCAACGACCUUUCACCUUGGCAGGUAGCGCCACCUGAGAAGAAAGUGGAAAGGAAGAUAACUCUAACUACGGAAUUGUGAAGUGCAAUGGGACCUAUAUGAAUCGACUGAUUGAGAAAGAGACUCCAAAAGAAAGUGUUAUUAGAAAAGAGAUGUGACGAUGUGGACAAAUUCUUCCUGGAAGAGACUUAAAUUUGCCAGAAUGAGCAUCUGUGGGUAUAUUGUGUGUAGAUCUACAAUGUAGCACACUGUGGUAUAUUGUGUACAGAUCUACAGUGUAGCACACUGUGGUAUAUUGUGUACAGAUCUACAGUGUAGCACACUGUGGUAUAUUGUGUGUAGAUCUACAAUGUAGCACACUGUGAUAUAUUGUGUACAGAUCUACAGUGUAGCACACUGUGGUAUAUUGUGUGUAGAUCUACAGUGUAGCACACUGCGGUAUAUUGUGUGUAGAUCUACAGUGUAGCACACUGUGGUAUAUUGUGUACAGAUCUACAGUCCAGCACACAGAGAGACCUGCAGUGGAAGAAGGGUAGAGAAGAGUUGUUUUGGAAAAGGAACCUACAUUGAAGAGAUUGUUUCAAGAGGAGGUGUUUUAGAGAAUGGAGCAAAUGAUUUUAUGGCAUAUUUUAUUCCCUCAUAAUUAUCGCCCUGGAUGGGACUGGUGUUUUGUGAUGUCCUCUGGCUGUCUGAUCACAUACUCUCACCAACUACAGGAAUGGAGUCGUAAUACCUCUGUUUCUCUGUCAUCAGCUUUCAGAAAAUACUGACCAUUUUCGCCCGUGGCAUCUCACUUUUCAAAUUGUGCUUACUCAGCAAAUUUAUAUAAAAAAAAUAUGGUGAUAACUUUUGUAUGAUUAAAUAUCAGUUUAUCCUGGAAUGUUUCCGUGUAAAAAUAGAUGAUUUUGAAUCGCACUCUUCUCAUAAUUUUAUGAGUUAAAGGACUAUUUCUUCAUGUAUCCUAGGCGUCAUAGCAAAAGGAGCCACAGAAACAAAUUUGUAAUUAGAUCGGAAUUGUGUAAAAAACAGAAUCUGGAAGCAAGAAAUCUGCUUUGUGUGCAUGUGAAGAUGAUGUGUCUAUAGUUGUAAUGUUUUGCUCUUGAUAUGACCAUGUUCCCCCGACACGAGUUGAGUUUGACAUGAAUAAACUUUUGUAACGGUUCAGGGCCGGUUGAUGAUAUCUUGAGCCCCAGACCUGUAUAUUGGAGACUGCUGUUGCCCAUUUCGACAUUUGGGGUCUUGAUCAACAUGGGAAGUUGAAACUGCAAGAAACUUCUGAUAUGGAGAUUUUCCGGAGCUGAUUCCGUUUGGGUGCUUGCAGUUUAGGAACGUCUUCAGGAGGGGCCAUGCCAAGAACUCUUUUUCCACUUUCUGACUUGCCGAUUGUUUUCUUGCUUCAAAAUGCAGUGAUAGGAAUGGCUUAUAUCUCUUUGAAAAUAGCCUGUGUAGUGUUGACAUGGUCCCUCUUUUCUACAAGGUGGCCAUAAUAUACAGUAUGUGUGUAAAUGAUGCUUCUAUUGUACAUGGGUGUUGUACAGGUGUUGCUUCUAGCCCUCGUUCUGUGUAACUCGGUGGGUAGGGGAGCUGUUCACAGGCUUCCACGUCAAGUCAGUAGCACCAGACAAGCCAGUGAUUCCAAGGUUGGCACACAUAGCUACCAAUUGCUGAUGCAGGCUUCCGAAAAAUGUUGUAAGUUUUUUGUUGAUAAUCCCAAAUUGAGUUGAGCUCAAAAAAGAAAACAAAUAUUUUAAAAAUUGUUCUUUGUCGUGAGUUUUUGGAAUGGAAUUUUAAAAUAUUACUUGUGACCUGGAAAUAGAGUCUGGGUCAUUACAGGUUUUUUUUUUAAAUUCUGUGCUUUGUUUCCUGCUUGUGUGCUUUUGUGACAAUAUUAAGCUUAUCGUCCGUGGUCAUUCCUAACGUCAAUUUGGAAAUUUAUCUGGCUGUCCUGUUGUCAGUAUUGUAUUGAGCCGGUUCUGUAUAUUUUGUGGAUGUCAUCACUGUGCAUGUUAUUUAAAGGAACACUAACUAGCAUCAUGUACUUGUUUAUACACAUUGUAAAUGACAUGUAUUAUGUAGUUCUUGCCACAAUGUACUGAUUGGUUCGAAUCUUAGCCUAUGCAUGUUCGCUAUUCCGAUAAUAGACAUAUCUCAAGCAUGCCUUAUUUCUUGAAGACAUAUCAACUCUAUUCCUACAACACGUCCAGGUGAUCGGAUUCCGUCGAUUCAAGACACGUGGGCCUUAUGCUUUUUUUAGACUUUGUAUGUUAUUCACCAGAAAGGGUCUUACAAAUAUGUUUUGGUAUUUUAUGUUGCCUAUCUACAUGCAAGAACUGUUCAGUCGAAGGCUGUCACGUCCCGGUACACAGAUAGCACAUUGAUGCAUCAGAUGUGGUGUUGUAUUCAACAGAUUUGAACCGACCCUGAAUUCAGGCAUAACAUUUCAUGUAUUCUGCACGCAGCAUUCUAAAGGAACGUCAGCCAUUGAUGUAGACAGGCAUAUGGCUGAAUGGUUGGCGAGGAAGCUGCCUCCAUGAAGAGUUGUUUCGUGAUUUCCUCAUAUUGUACAAUAGAUGUGUUGGGAUAUUUGGUUGCCAAGACAACCAAUGUCACAUGUUUGAAAAAAAAUGAGUUGUCCAACCCCUUUGUUUUCGAUUAAAUGUUUCUUGUGAAGACCUCGGGUAGAAUAGGUCUUCAGCAACCCAUGCUUGCUGUUAAAGGCAACUAUGCUUGUCUCCUGUGAAGAUCCGGGUUAGAACAGGUCUACAGCAACCCAUGCUUGUCAUAAGAGGCGACUAAAUGGGAUCUGAUGGUCAGGCUAACUGACUUGAUUGAUGCAUGUCAUCGUAUCUCAAUUGCAUAGAUCAAUGCUCAUGAUAUCAAUCACUGGAUUGUCUGGUCCAAACUCUAAAAUAUUUACAGACCGCCGUCCUAUAGCUGGAAUAUUGCUGAUUGCGGUGGUAAACACAAAGCCUUCAGUUGAAUUAGAUUCAGUCUGUUUGUUGGGGUAAGUAGGCCAGGGGCUUCGGUUGUUGACAGUUUUAUUUGUUACUUGUUACAAUUUUUUUAUAACUUUUACGUGAACGGUUUUAAGUAGCUGGCAUUAAGAAGGGUUGUGAUUUCUCUACAUUUACUUUUGAAUUUGAAUUUGGUGGUCAUCGCACAUCCAAUAAAACAUAUUUGAGUUAACGAAUGCUUCAGAGUAGUUUGAUAGAAGAAGAAAUAAUGACGUCUUUACACGAUAAACAGUGUUUUCUUUAUUAGGAGAUGAGUUAUUUUCAAUUUUAACAAGCUGUACACAAGCUUAACCUCGACAUUCACUGGCAAUCAUGGACAUUCCUGAUUGUCAUCGUGGUUGUCAUUGUGGUUUUCACCGUAUUUGUCACCCAGGCUGUCAGGGGAAAGAAUUUGCUGUUGUAGCUUCGAGCCAUGCUACCAGGUAAUGGCCGAUCUCCCCAUCUGCCAUUCCAUUGUGAAAUAGUUCACAAAUGUUUGUGUCGAAGUAUCUCGGUGGGGUGAAAGAGUAGGAAAUGUGCUAUUUAUAGAUGUUGUAUUGUGUAGGUAUUUACUAACGUGUACAAAUGAACAAGUAAUUUCAGUCAUUUCAAACACACAGUUCUUUCUGACAGUUUUCACGCAAUAUUUUUAUACCCGUAUUUUGAAUCCUUCCCACUGUUUCAGUAAUGGCGAAGGAACGUUUCAAUAUUGUUACGAUGCUUCAGUUCUUGCAGCUUCCACAUGUCUGUCAUCGUCGCCAUCUUCAUCUGCCAUCUUCUCAUUCAUACACUCUGUCCAUGUUUCUAUUGUCCUGUGUACCUUAAUGACAAUAAUAUUUAAAUAUAAAAUUACCCAAUUAUACAAUUUAUUAAUAAUUAUGACUUGCUGGUUAAACAGAUUUACUGUUUUCCAGUGUGAAAGUACAAACAAAACAGCCCUGCUCAUUGUCCAGCUCAAGGUUAUUCAGCCAACCUUGCUUUUACAAAUGUGUAAUUUCACCAAACGGGUGAUUCCUUUCUCCAUCCUUGUGUCAGCAAAUGCAAAUAUUGGAUAACUUGUAAGCCACUCUAAUGCAAUGUGGAUCUUGCGCAGAUGCUGCCUGCCACUUUGGGAAAAUUCUGACCUAAGUCUGGUUUUGAAAUGACUCAACUCUCACAAACUUGCUCAAAUCAACCUGGAGAUUGUGCAAGGAACAAUUGAAUAUUUAUAUAUCUCUUAUGAGAGGAGGAUUUGUUUAAAACUUCUUUCUCUCCCAGCAGGUGGAUGUAUUCUUUAGCAUUUCUGGAAGAAAAGAUGUCUGUCGAAAUGAUAUUUAUCAAAUUUUUACCUCUGACUAUUUUGUAUUCAUUUCUUUGGAAUAAUUUCGUCCAUGUUUGGUGCUGAUUUAGAAACUUGUGCCUUUCACUCUAUCAGACAUUUCACUCCGAUUGUGGAUCUGUGGGUUGUAUUUUCAUUGAAAUUACAUCGGAUGAGAUGUCACUGGGUAACAUUCAAUUUGAACAGUGGAUUUUUCUCUUUAACAUCAACUUAUUUUAUACGAGAUGGUUUUUUAUCAUUCACAAGGUUAUUUGUAGUUGAUCAAAUUUAAAAAGAAAGUAACCAUUACAUGAAAUGGAUCACUUGUCAGUCAUAAGUUGUGAGGGAGGUGCUGAAGAGAAUGUAAGAAUUUCAAAGUGCAUUUUGACAUGUUUGAGAUCUAAUGGUCGUUUAUGACAAAUAAAUGUCAGUUUUAUUAUUUCAUUGCUCAUGAAAUGUGUUAAAGUGUCAUUCACCUUUACAUCCUGUACUUUAAACUUCUACAUUAAUUUAACAAAGAGGUUGAUAUGUGUCUAUGGUUUACAAUGACGUCGACUUGUAUUAUUGGCCACAGCAAGCUUGUGUCCACCGUCAAUGUUGAUGUUCAGUCAGCACUCCUCUUCAAGAUGAGAACUCCAAAUAGCCUGUUUACUUUCCUUUAAUGUAAGACAAGAAGUUCAUUCAUAUUUGGACAUCCCUGGAUGAUCAGAUGGGAUAAAUCAGUUAUAUAACAGUACAUCCUGCCAAGCAUUGGCAAAUGUGUUUUUCAGUCAAUAUAUGGCAUUAUAUCCCUUGUGUGACAUGCUGGUUAUUGCUGGCUCAUGUUGAAGAGGGAUGCUGGACUCCCAGUUUCCUGCUCUGUCUGUAUAUUUUGUCUGUACAUAACUCUAUGAUCUGUCUGUUGGUGACACCCUGGCGCUGUCAUGGUAACAACUGGGGUUGACAGAGUUGUCUUCCCUUUAAGACAAUAAAGGUAUUUCAACAUGAA